AUGGCCAUGGAGCUCGGCAGCGGGGGAGAGCCAGAUCCCAGGCUAAAUACGGUACUUCGACAGUAUGAAAAAGAUGAGAUUUUGAGAGCUACUGCUGAGCAGAAAAAUGCUGCUGGUGGUGAUGGCAUAUUGAGAUCCAGGAUGAUGGACCAAAGCUUGUCAACUCUAGUCACAGAGUAUGAUGAACACUUGGAAGAAAUGAGAGAACAGCUGCAUGUUUAUCAGGCACAAAUGAGUGAGAUGAGACUAAAAUUUGAACAAGUCACCAAGGAAAAUGAAAGACUGCAUGCAGAGUUGAAAGAGGCUCUUGAGAAGCAACUGGAGGCUCUUCCUUUCAUGCCUUUGGGAACUGAUAUUCCUGCAGAUGAAGGAAUAGUGAGAAACCUUCAAGAACAACUACAACUGACGAAUCAAGAAAAAGAACAAGCAAUAGAGCUCUGGCAGACUGUAUUACAGGAGCGUGAUCGAAUCCAGCAGCAGUACCAGGAACGCAUGACUGAAACGCAGAUUCACAUGGCUGAAAGGCAAAAGCAGAAAGAUCAACUGACUGGCUUUCAACAGUUGACUCGGCAACUGCAUAUGGCCAAUGAGAAAGUAGAGUUGAGCAAUCAACAGUUCCUGAAAACUGUAACAGAACAGAAUGUGGAACUAGAGCAGCUACGAAAACAACUGAGGCAAGCCAAAAUAGAUGGGCGGACAGCAAAUGCUAAGGUUGAUGAAAUGACCAGAUUGACAGAGAAGCUUCGAGGCCAAUUGGAGCGAAAGGAAGAAGAUGUGAUAUCCGCUCAGCAAAGAGAAACAGCAUCUGACAAACGUUUGCAACAAAUGCAGUCUAGUAUAAAACAACUAGAAACAAGAUUACGUGUUACUGUCCAAGACGCUGAACAACUAAGAACAGAAAGAACAGCCCUGGAGCAACAAAUCAGAGAGCUUCAGACAAAAUAUGCUAAUGUAGAAAGGGAGAAGUAUGAUGCUGUUGCUAAAGUCCAAGAUUGCAUACAGCUCUUAGAAGAAGCUAACCUACAAAAAAGUCAGGCACUCUUUGGGGAGAAACAAAAGGAAGAGGAAAUAAAAAAAAUGAAAGAUGAAAUGUCUCAACUUGCAGAAGAUACUGCUGCAAGAAUUAGAAAGGCAGUAGACUCUGCAAAGAAGCAAUAUAAUGUGCAGAUUUCUCGACUCACAGAAGAACUUUCAGCUCUUCAGAUGGAAUGUGGAGAAAAACAGGGUCAAAUUGAACGCGCCAUUAGAGAAAAGAGAGCAGUGGAAGAAGAACUUGAAAAGAUUUACAGGGAAGACAGAGGACAUGAAUCUGACACUAGAAAACUAGAGCAACUGCAUCAGAAAUAUUUACUUGCAGAAACUGCAAAAGGUGACCUUCAGCUAAGUCUACAGACAACACAAAAUAAACUGAAACAACUGGAAAUGACCUCUGAGGAAGAGAAAUCUCGUUGCCAGGAAAUUAUCUGUAAAUUGCAAAGUAUUCUGGAUUCAGAAAGAGAAAAGAGUGCCUUUGUCAGUGAACAAAGGCUAAAACUUCAGCAAGAGAAUGAACAAUUGCAAAAAGAAAUGGAGGGCUUGAGAAAACUGGCUGUAGAGGCUCAACAAAAAGCUAAAAUAAAGAUAAGCACAAUGGAGCAUGAGCAUGCUGUGAAAGAACACGGGUAUGAAGCUCGACUUAAGGAAAUGGAAGACACCAGUCAAAAGUCUACUGCUGAACUUAGACGUCUGUUAGUAGCUCAGCAAAAAGCAACAAAUCGGUGGAAAGAAGAAACAAAAAAUCUUACUGAAACUACAGAAGCCAGGAUCAGUAAGCUAAAAAGUGAGCUGAGUCAACAAAAGCUUCGUAGCCAGGAGCUCAUUUCUCAGCUGGAAAUGGCAAACGAAAAGGUAACCGAGGAUGAAAAAUUAAUGAUGGAAUAUCGAGAAUACAUCAAUAGGCUUCAAGGGCGACUAAGCCAGGCAGAACAGAGGGCGGCUACAGCGUCUCAAAAGCUCAGCCUGAUAACUACACGGAAGAAAAAAGCUGCUUCCCUGAAGGAUCUGGAAAACAUUUAAACAUAUGUCUUGUUCAUUCACACCAUGUUGGGAGUUAGUUAAGAAGAUUGCUGGAGAAACUUCAUAUUGGAGCUUUAAAGCCAAACACGUAGCAAGGCUUGUAAAACUUAGAUAAACGUUUUAUUCAGGUAAGAAAGGGGGUGAAUGAAGAUACUGUAGCUGUAUG